GGGACGGCUACCUGGACGUGCUGAAGGAGGCCACACGGAAGGAGCUGAACGCACCGGAUGAGGAUGGGAUGACACCGACCUUAUGGGCCGCUUACCACGGCAACCUGGAGGCGCUCCGGCUCAUCGUGGGGAGAGGCAGAUUAACAAGAGGGCAGACUGCUGUAUGUCAUGCUGCUGGUGGCAGGUUCAUAAGGCGAGCAGUAAAGUGGAGGUCAGCUUGAUGCUGCGGAGUGUCUGCAGACACAGGAAAGGUCACAGUGAUGGAUAGGGCGUCUUCUUCCUUCAACGGUCCCCGGAGGAUGCAGUGCAGAGCGGAUAUGAAGCAAAGAAAAACGACUAAAGAUGAGCUGCAGAUCAAAGUUCACAGCAAAAGAGGUGACCCGGACAAGUGUGACAUCUGGGGCAACACGCCGCUUCACCUGGCAGCUGCCAACGGCCACCACAACUGCCUGUCCUUCCUGGUGGCUUUCGGUGCCAACGUGUGGUGUCUGGACAAUGACUACCACACACCGCUGGACAUGGCGGCCACUAAGGGACACAUGGACUGUGUUCGCUACCUGGACGCCAUCGCCGCCAAGCAGAUCACCCUCAACCCAAAGCUGGUCGGCAAACUCAAGGAUCGGGCAUUCCGUGCCGCGGAGCGCCGGAUCAAAGACUGCGCAAAGCUCCAGAGGAAGCACCGUGAACGUAUGGAGAGGAGGUUCAUGAAGGAGUCGGCGGCUUUAGACAACUUGGAUGCUAUUAGCUUUUCUAGCUACACCAGUGGCAGCACUCUGAGGAGCAAGUUCAACACUGUCACCUCCAACAUGCCAUACUCGCAGGCCACCCUGCAUUCCACAGCCAAGGGCAAGCCCAAGAUACAGAAGAAGCUGGAGAAGAAGAAGCAGGUUGAUGGAUCAUUCAAGAUCUACGAGGACGGGAGGAAAAGUGUGCGCUCGUUGUCUGGCCUGCAGCUUGGCAAUGACGUCAUGUUCCUCAAACAGGGCACAUACGCCAACCCCAAGGAGCGGUCACGCCUCAACAUACGUGACAUGUUCCCGCGUGACAACAACGACGACGACGCUGACAACAUCUCCCGUUCCAUGAGCGACCCAGGCCUUCAUGAGGCUGCGUAUUCGGAGAUCAGCGCAGACUCCGGACGUGAUUCCCUGUUUACCCGACCUGGGCUUGGCACCAUGGUGUUCAGGAGGAACUAUAUGAGUGGAGGCAUGUUUGGUAUCGGUGCACGGGAUGAAGGGAGUGUAGCAGGGAGUGAACCUUUGGGCCGAGCACCUAAUGUUCGUUUACGAGGACAACUGCCUCGACGCUCGCCCAGCUUUGAUGAGGACAGUAUUGGCAGCGCCUUGAGCCUGCAAGAGAGAAACCUUCAGGAGGUGCCCUGGGAGGAGACUGACGUUGGGUUGGAUCAGGACUUAGACCCAGAGAACAGUCCUCUGGAGACCUUCCUGGCCUCUCAAAGCCUCAGUGAGUUCAUGCAGAUCUUCAGGAGAGAGAAGAUCGACCUGCAGGCUCUGCUACUCUGUUCAGAUGAGGACCUCACCAGCAUUCAUAUCCCUCUGGGCCCCAGGAAGAAACUUCUGGAUGCCUGCAAGAGACGUCUGGACACCCUAGAUGAGCCAGAGGCCAUUGAAGACACUGAGCUUUGAAGGAUGCAUACAUGAUGCUGGCUCCAUGUGCUGUUAUUAUACCCCAAUACAGUCAGUGGAAGCAACAUGGAAUCUAGGCAUCUGACUGAAACCUGGACAAGAAGUAAUAAACAUUUUAUGGGAAAGCUUUGCCACAUAUACAAACACACGGACAUACACAGCCUGUAUUGUGUUUGUAGGGAUUCUCUUCCAGUGACAUGUAGCUAGUAUGUUAGUGAAGCACCUGCUAUGUUUGCAUACUGUAUUAACUCAUGUAUCAAUGAACGAUUUCCGUAUUAGUGAAUGCACCUAAUCAUUUGAAUAUAUGUUUAUUAUGCCUUCAUUGUACAGUUUUCUUACUUUAAACAUGUGAUUUUACUCCACGGCACAUACACAAUGGUGACUAUUUAUGGGGUUAUUUAUGAAUGAAAAAAGCCACAGACUGACUGUUGCUCUGCAGACACUGUUGCAAAACCAAUGGGGUGGCACUGUGUGUGCUAGAUAACACUGUUCUCUCAGGUUACUCCAUGGCAUAUUUGGUUUCACUGAAGGUCUGUCUGUUUAUGCAUUUGGGAGAAUGAUUGUGCAUGAAUGUAAAUUUUAUGUUUGUUUUUUUUUGUAUCUGAAGAUGUACCUACAACCAUGAUUAUCUUUUAUUAAAACAAAGUGAAAAAUA